AUGAGCGGCAAAUCUCAUGUUGGAGCUCCGUCGCUUUAUGAGGACGGUGUUCAAAAGAAUAUUUCCCGGGAAGAGAUUUCGGCUGCCCGGCGAAAUAGAGAGCAUCCACCAGCAUCUAGCGGGAGAGGCAGUGCGCACAGCAAAGAACAAAAGUCCCGGAAAGGCACCGGGUCACCAACCUAUGAAGAGUUAGUGAAGAAGGAUCCCUUAGCUCCGGCUCUGUUCCAUGGGAACAAGCCCUCUCGGGGGGCGCAAAUUGAUGCUGAGCUUCGAAAGGAAGACUACGAAAGGCUGAGACAAAAGGCGCAGAAAUAA